UGUUAACAAUGGCUGAAGCUGCUGCUGCUGCCCUCGUCAAAGUCAUUUUUGACAAGCUAGCCGAUGAAGCCUUCAAGAAAUAUGCCCGCUCUCAGAAUAUUCACUCGGAGCUCAAGGAAUUGGGGAUCACGCUGUCCCAGAUCCAAGCUCUGCUUAAUGAUGCUUCAAACAAGGAAAUAACUGAUGAGUCUGUCAGACUAUGGCUCAACCGUCUCCAACAUCUGGCUUACGAUAUCGAUGACAUGCUCGAUGAUGUGGCUACUGAAGCUAUGCAUCGUGAGCUGACCCUGGAAUCAGAAGCAAGCACCAGCAUGGUAAGAAAGUUCAUCCCAACUUGCUGCACAAAGUUCUCACUAAGCCAUAGGCUGAGUCCCAAGUUAGACAGUAUUACCACCCGGUUACAACAUCUAGAAAAACAAAAUCCUGGUUUGAUUGUGAAAGGUGAAAAGCCAAAAAUUAAUACUAAUAGAAGAAACGAAACCUCUUUGCUAGAAUCUGAUGUUGUUGGGCGAGAAGGUGAGAAAAAGAGAUUGCUCAACCAGCUGUUAGUAGGUGAAUCAUCUAAGGAAAACUUUAGUAUCUUACCCAUAGUUGGUUUGGGUGGAGUGGGAAAGACCACUUUGGCUAGAAUAUUGUAUAACGAUACGCGGGUGACGGAUCACUUUGAACUCAUGGCUUGGGUUUGUGUUUCCGAUGAGUUUGAUGUAUUCAAAAUAAGUGAAACCAUCUUUGAAUGUGUGGCUAUAGAAAACAAACAGUUUAAAGAUGUAAAUCAGCUUCAAAUUGCUCUUAGAGAGCAAUUUAAGGACAAACGAUUUCUACUAGUACUUGAUGAUGUGUGGAAUCAAAACUAUGAUGAUUGGGAAAUACUAGUGCGUCCAUUUCAUUCUGGGGCUGCUGGAAGUAGGGUAAUCAUGACAACUCGCCAGCAGGAUCUGCUUAAAAAGAUAGGUUUUAAUCAUGUAGACAAUCUCGAGAGUUUGUCGAAUGAAGAUGCUUUGUCUUUGUUAGCUCUACAUGCAUUAGAUGUAGAUAACUUAGAUUCGCAUGAAACACUUAAACCACAAGCUAAAGGUUUCGUGAAAAAGUGUGGUGGUUUGCCUUUAGCUUUAAAGGCAAUUGGAAGGUUACUCAGAACAAAAACCGAGGGAGAAGAAUGGGAUGACGUGUUGAAAAGUAAGAUAUGGGAUUUAGAAAAUGCUGAUGCAAUUGUUCCAGCCCUAAGGCUAAGCUACCAUGAUCUUCCUGCUGAUUUGAAGCGCUUGUUUGCAUACUGCUCUUUGUUCCCAAAGGACUUUGUGUUUGACAAGGAGGAGUUGAUAUUACUAUGGAUAGCUGAAGGGUAUCUGAACGAGUCAACUGCAAACAAAUCACCAGAACGCUUGGGCCUUGAAUAUUUGAGAAAUUGCUAUCAAGGUCCUUUUUUCAACCCGCACCUAGUGGCGAACCCUUUUUGUGAUGCAUGA